AUGGCAGACGACAUGCAAGAGACCAUGGCGGAGGAGCUGCAGAUCUACCACGUGGACUUCAUGAAGCGCGACAACACCGCUGCCCACCACACAGCUGACUUUCAGACCCCGGGCUUGGUGCUGCGCCGGGGCCAGCCGUUCACCAUUCGGCUGGAGCUGAGCCAGGCCCUGCGGACCUCACAGGAUGCCCUGAUCCUGCAGUUCAGCAUGGGACAUCGGCCUAGUGUGUCCAGGCAUACCCUGAUCUCGCUGGACCUGCAGUCCUCCGCCGGCUGCCACGGCUGGAAGGCCAGCAUCCACAGCAAGGCCGGCUUGGAGGUGGUCAUCGUCGUCACCAGUGCCCCCAACGCCGUCGUGGGCCAGUACUCCCUGGAGGUGAUGAGCGGGCGGCAUGUGUUCAAGCCUGAGGAGGACACCAUGUACCUCCUCUUCAACCCGUGGUGUGCAGAUGACGCGGUCUUCCUGCCCACCGAGGAGGACCGGGCUGAGUACAUCCUCAGCGACACAGGCUACCUGUACAUGGGCUCCUUCCGGCAGGUCAAGGAGAAGCCUUGGAACUAUGGCCAGUUUGAGAAGAACGUUCUGGACUGCUGCAUCUUCCUGAUGACCCAGAGUUACCUGAAGACCGUGGACAUGCGGGACCCUGUGAUGGUGGGGAGGAACAUGGCAGCCAUGGUCAACUCACAGAACAAGGACGGCGUGCUGGUGGGGAACUGGUCCGGAGAGUACGAGGGUGGCACGGCGCCCCACCUGUGGACGAGCAGCGUGCCCAUUCUAAAGCAGUACUACAGCUCCCGGACACCCGUGUCCUUCGGCCAGUGCUGGGUCUUCGCGGGCGUCCUGACCACAGUGCUGCGGGCACUGGGGAUUCCCGCGCGCCCCGUGACAGCCUUUGACUCAGCCCACGACACAGAGGAGAACCUCACGCUGGACAUGUUCGUGAAUGAGAUGGGCAAGACAGUGUCCAACAAGACCAACGACUCCAUCUGGAACUUCCACGUAUGGACUGAGGCCUGGAUGCGGCGCAGGGACCUACCCCCAGGGAACGAAGGCUGGCAGGUGUUGGAUGGCACGCCGCAAGAGCUGAGCCAGGGGAUCUACUGCUGCGGGCCCUCGCCUGUGGCCGCCGUGCGCAGGGGUGACAUCUUCAUGGGCUACGACACCAAGUUCGUGUUCUCGGAGGUGAAUGCCGACAAGCUGGUGUGGCUGGUGCGCACAGUAGGCGAACGCGAGAAGGUGAGCCUGCUCUCGGUGGAGACCAUGAGCAUCGGCAAGAACGUCAGUACCAAGGCGGUGGGCCAGGACCGGCGCAGCGACAUCACCCACCAGUAUAAGUUCCCCGAAGGCUCUCGGGAGGAGAGGGCGGUCAUGGACCACGCCUUCUCGCUGCUCAGCUUCAGGCGUGAGUACACGCUUCCGGUCAAAGAGAACCUGCUGGAGCUGCUGGUGCAGGAGGACCCGGUGCUGCUGGGGGACCCGCUCCACUUCUCUGUGACUCUGAGGAGGAAGGCCGCCACUCCCCAGACCAUUGUCUUCUCGGGCUCCUUAGACCUGCAGUCCUACACGGGCAGGCAGCUGGGACACCUGGGUGUUGUGCAAAAGACCAUGAAGGUUCAAGAGAAAGUGUCGAAUGUGGUCCUGACCUGGGAAUCUGACACCUACACUGGCAGCCUAGACACGUUUGACGAUGAGCCAGUCAUCAAGGGGUUCAUCAUGGCCGAGGUCGUGGAAACCAAGGAGACCAUGGCUACGGAGGUGUUGCUGUGCUUCCGGUACCCACUGUUCACCAUAGAGAUGCCCAACACGGGCAGGAUCGGCGAGGUGCUCCUGUGCACCUGCACCUUCAAGAACUCCCUGAUGAUCCCGCUGACCCACGUCAGGUUCUCUGUGGAGAGCUUGGGUCUCUCCUCCCUGCAGAGCAUCGAGCAGGGGACAGUGCCGCCUGGCAAGACCAUCCAAUCCCAAAUAAGGUGCACGCCGGUGAGGGCGGGGCCCAGGAAGUUCAUCAUCAAGCUGAACUCCCAGCAGGUGAAAGAGAUUCACGCGGAGAAGGUGGUGCUCAUCACCCAGUAGCUCUGCCUAUUACGCGCCAGGCAGGAGCCCCGGGCUUUGGGACCCCGCUUCCAGCGCCUCCUACGCAGCCUUACGCAUAGAUUGCGCAUGCUCAGCUUUGACCACUCACGCACGCAUGCACG